AUGGACCGCCGCCGCACCCCCGGCCUCUCCUCGCUCUCCUCAAACCGGCUGCAAACGCACCACUACACCUCCCACGGCGCAACGCUGCGCUCGCGCAACGCGCAAUCCCUCGAAACCCAACUCUCCGUCUUCCAAUCCCUCGUCCACAACUUUGCCCUCACACAUUCAAAAGACAUCCGCGCGAACCCCGCCUUCCGCGCAGAAUUCGCCCGCAUGUGCACGGCUCUGAACAUCGACUUCCUCGCGUCCUCGUACCACCGCGAGGCCAAAACCUCGUCCAAGGGCGGGAAGGGCGGCGCUGGGGCCGGGGGAGAGAGCAUAUGGGCGUCGCUGCUGGGCGGGUCGGUGCACGAUUUCUACUUCAACCUGGGCGUGACGAUAGUAGACAUCUGCCGCUCGACACGCUCUGAAAACGGCGGCCUGAUAUCCCUGAGCGACCUGAGAACGCACAUCUCCCGCGGCCGCGCAAUCGGCUCCGCCAUGACCGUCAGCGAUGCCGACAUCGAGCAAGCCGUCAAAGCGCUCGAGCCACUAGGCUCCUGCUUCGGGAUCGUCAAGAUCGGGCAUAGGAGUCUGAUACGGAGUGUGCCCAAGGAACUGAAUACGGACCAGAGCACGGUGCUCGAGGCGGUGCAGGUCAUGGGGUACGUGACGGUGAGUAUGCUGCAGUUGAAUCUUGGGUGGGGGAGGCCGAGGGCGGUGGCGGUUGUGGAGGAUCUGAUGGCGGACAGUUUGGUGUGGGUGGAUUGCCAGGCGGGCGAGAAUGAGUAUUGGAGCCCUGCGUUCAUUACGGGUGGGGGGUUGAGGUGA